CAAAGUAACAAGCAUAUAAGAGAAGAAGAGUUUCGGAUGAACUUCAUUUAGGAGGUUCCUACCUAUUCUAAGGUAGCGUAUAUUGAAAUUAAAAGUUAAAACAUUAAGGUGCACUGGUCCACCCCGUGAAAGAUCAAAAUGCUUGUUUAGUGUCAUCCAACACCGCUUUGUCAGAAAAUUUUACUAAAUACACAUAAAUAGUAUGGAGAAAAUAAAUCAUGAAAUAAAAAUGACACCACUUGACCGAGGGAGCUUCUUGGGCCACUGGUGAAACGUCUCAAAUUUCAUGCCAAGCAUUUCUUUUCAUGUUUCUUUUGCUAAAAGGUUAUUAGUUAAUAGAAUCGAACUCUUUCUACUCCUCCAGAGUAGGGGUAAGAGUCUGCGCACACACUACCCUCCCCAGACCCUAAUUGUGGGAUUCUAUUAGGUUGUGGUUGUUGUUGUAGAAUUGAACCCUUGACCUUCUCUAAUAUAAAAAAACUAGACUAAAUCAUUUAGCCAAGGCCAAUAAUAAAAACAAAAGUGAUAAUAAAUUAUAUAAUGUUAUUACAGUGAUUUAUUUAAUGAUGCAAGAUCAAGAAUGCUAAAAAUCCAAGAAUUUCAAGAAAUUGAAGAAGUCCAAGAAUCCAUUCAAGAUUAGGAAUUCUUUUCCUUAAAGAUUGGAUUUCUUAUUUCUUGUUUCCUAUUAAUUUAAUUUUUAUUUUAGUAGGAUUAUAUUUGUAGUUCUAGUCAAACUAGGAUUGUUAGUUGGUAUCCCAUUCCUACUAGAAUUCUUUUUUCUAUUUUAGUUGGGAUAGGUUUUCUUAGCCUUAUUCUUAUUCUAGUUUAAUAAGGAUUAAUUUUCAUUAACCUUACCAAUUUUACUCAUUGUAAGACCUAUUUAAAGGGCUUAAUAUGCUGAAAAUAAACAUUGGUGAUUAGUUUUUCUAAGCUUUUGUUUCAAAAAUGUGAUUGAUCUGUUAUUUCAUUCUUCUUCCUUUAUUCAACACUUCUUGCAAUCUUGCGGGAUUGAGGAAUGUGCGGUGAGGCUUCUUUCCAUCUUACAUUCUUCUAGCGUGAGUUUGAAGAACGCUUUCGCUAGUUUUGUCAAAAACUUUAGAAGGGUGCUUUUGUUUUUCUCUCUUCUUUGUACUUGAGGUGCAAAACCUUGAAAGUACAUCAAUUUGGUAUCAGAGCCCAAGUUUCAGGUCCGAAUUCUUGAUUUGCUACCUUGUUCAUCGUGUCACCAAACAAGAAAAUACCAAGUUCGGGAUCCUCUUCAAUGGAUCUUCAAUUAAAGUUCAUAAAUUAAUAAGUAGAAUCCUUGAACGAGAAAAUAAAGAAAUUAAAGUUCAACUAGAUGGCUUGAAGGAAUCAAUGGAGAAUCUGACUAAAUUAGUUAAAUGCUUGGUGAAUCAAAAUCAGCCACGAUAUCCGCCACAAAACCGACAACCUCCAUUGCCGCCACCACUACCGAGACGCAAUAUACCAGUGCUACCACGACAUCUUCCACUUUGAGAUCCACCAAUUCAACCGUGUAGAGCAUGACAUAAUGAGCAAGCGGAAGAAUUUAUAGCUGACCAGGGCAUAAAAAUACCAAUGCACCAUGCCCAAUAUGAUAAUUGUUCAGAUAAUCAAGGGACUGAAGAGGACAAAACUGAUGAAGACCAAUAUCAAAGAAACGAAGACCAAGCAUUGGAUCCAAAACUUGAGGAAUUACCACCAAAGUUUUAGGACGAUCCAUUGGAUUACCCAACUAUGUGUGUCAUUGACUUUCCACCUUUUAGAGGUGCUCAACACAAUAUUGACUUGAUUGUUGACUCUAUCAAUGCAAAUAAGACAACAUAUUGUGUUAAUUCUAAAGUCCACAGAAAUAUGCUAGAACAAGAGGAAAAAUUACCUAUAAAGGAGUGGAUAAUGGAGAGUUUGAGGUAUAUUGGAGAAACGAGAUAUCUUCACCUCAUAAAUAUAUAUGGCUGUCGUCAAAGUGAUUGUUGGUUUACAAGCAUAGCAAUUGAUGCAGUCUCAAGAAGAGUGUUGAUCUCUAUGCUUAAUUCAAAGCUAGAAAUGGAGUUGGCUAAGUUCCAAGUAGUGCUAACAUCAAUAACUUCAUAUCGUAAGUUGAAGCUUGAGAGUCAAUGUUGAAAGAUUACAUGGAGAAGACGUGGUAUAAAGUUGAAACAUAGAAAGUCAGAUUUAGUUCGACCAUAUGCUAAGUUUGCUUACAACGUGAAGAAGCUCUACGAUAAACUAGCAAAAUGUAACUUAAAACUUGGUGAGCAUUGGUCCCCAUUUUUUUUUUCCACCUUGGGUCUCCAUUAUAGCAAAUCUUGUGCCGUUUAUGGAAGCUGUUAGACUCGAGGGCGAGUCUUUUUCAACUAGGGGAGAAUGAUGCAAGAUCAAGAAUGCUAAAAAUCCAAGAAUUUCAAGAAAUUGAAGACGUCUAAGAAUCUAUUCAAGAUUAGGAUUUCUUUUCCUUAAAGAUUGGGAUUCCUUAUUUCUUGUUUCCUAGUAAUUUAAUUUUUGUUUUAGUAGGGUUAUAUUUGUAGUUUUAGUCAAACUAGGAUUGUUAGUUGGUAUCUCAUUCCUACUAGAAUUCUUUUUCCUAUUAUAGUUCGGAUAGGUUUUCUUUGCCUUAUUCUUAUUCUAGUAUAAUUAGGAUUAAUUUUCCUUUACCUUACCAAUUUUACUCAUUGUAAGGCCUAUUUAAAGGGCUUAAUAUGCUGAAAAUAAAUAUUGGUGAUUAGUUUUUCUAAGCUUUUGCUUAAAAAACGUGAUUAAUCUUUUAUUUCAUUCUUCUUCCUUUAUUCAACACUUCUUGCAAUUUUGCGAGAUUGAGGAACGUGUGGGUGAGGUUUAUUUCCAUCUUACAUUCUUCUAAUGUGAGUUUGAAGAACGCUUUCGCUAGUUUUGUGAAUAACUUUAGCGGGGUGCUUUUGUUUUUCUCUCUUCUUUGUACUUGAGAGGUGCAAAACCUUGAAAGUACAUCAUUUAAUCAUUCAUGUCUAUAAAUGUCGACACUGCUUAUCUCUAUUUGUUAUGCUAUCAACUAUGUGUUGUGAUAUUUUGGAAUUUUGACUUAAGUGACUGUAGCCAAGCAAUACAAGCAAGGGAUUAGCUAAUCCUUGUAGGAAAAAAAUGUGAAGAAUUUUGACAGACCUGCAUUCACUUAUACCGUGGUUCUAUUUGUUGAUUUGCAUCUGUUGUGAGCCGUUCAAUUAAGGAAGCAAGAGAGAGAAGCCAAAGGGUGUAUGUGUGGGGGAAAUACUUGCUAGUUGUAUCUAUUGGAACCGGAGAGGGUCGUGAUUUCUAUUUAAAGCUCCAACUCUAAAUCAGCUAAGUACUCCUUUUGGGCAGCAUAAUAUGAUCAUGUGAUUGGCAUGAGUACUGCUUGUGACUUUUCUUAACUUCAGUCCUUUUGAUACUUAUAAUAGAUAGCAUAUACCACUUGAAGUGGCAUUGUCUAGAUAUCAGAUAAGUUAACUAUGGGAUAUUUGUUUUUGUUCAUUGCUUUGAAGCACUUUGGUCAUGUCCCAGAUGCAGCUGGUAUUGAUACAGCGAGUUUUGUUUGCUACAUGUUGAAUGCAGACCGUGCGCGAGGACAGCCCUGCAUUUGGUGCUUCUAUAUUGCGGUGUUUCUACUCGUCGUAGGCAUUGUGAUGUAUCAGUGAGAUGCUUUGUUAAUUGUUACUUAUAUACUAAUGAACUUUCAGGAUGUGAAAGCUAUCCCUUGAGGUUGACCUGCUCAAGAAGUUAUAUGUAUAUUUUGUGAACUGGAAGUUAUAUUCCAUCUGCUACUUCUUAUUGAGUGCUUUUUUUUUUUUUAAUUUCAAACGUAGAACAAGACGCGUAUGUGAAGGAUAUCUGUAAACCAUAUUGCUUCUGGACUAGUUUUGGGCUGCUAAUCACUAGAUGUAUAUUUUCUGCAGGACUAACUUCUCAUUUUUUUACUUUUUUUGGGCAACAAAGGAUUAAUCUUUUUUCACUUUGACAGUAACAUUGACAUAACCAAGAUGCAUUGCAAGGAUAAAGCAUUUUAGGAAGCUAAUUUUAGUUGCUUUGAUCAUUUGGGGGUGGGGGUACAAAAGAACAAGCAUAUAGGAGAAAAACAAUUUCGGAUGAACUUCGUUUAAGAGGGUCCUAUCUAUUCUAAGGUAGUGAGUGCAAGCUUUUGUCAUCUUUGUUAUUUGGAUGAGAACUAUUCCUACUAUAAAUUCUUUUAUCCUGUUUCUAAACAGAGUGACAAAUUGUAUUAUAGUUUUACUCUUUCUUAGAAUUCGUAUACAUGUUGUUCCAUCUUUCAAAAGGUUAAAAGUUAAAAUAUUUAGGUGCAACGGUUGUGUUUCACCCCGUGAGAGAUCAAAAAUCAUAUGUGGCCCCCUAAACUUGUCCGGAUUUUCCUCUCAAACACCUUAUCUAAGAUUUGUUUCAAUUGAACACUUAUGCUACUCAAAAUUUAUACGGCCUAUUAGACACUUUUGAAAGCCAGCAGAAAAAUAAAGAGAGUGUAAUAUGUAACGAAAUGGUGGUACCUUGAGCUCCCAUAGUAGUACAUUGAUGUUAAAGUGUUAAAGUGCUAAGUCAGGAUGAAAUUUCAGCAUUUAUAGUUUAGUCCUACUUUGUAUGUUAUUUUCAUUAGUUACCCUACUAGCUAGUUCAUGCUAUUAUACUCUGUUAGGGCUCAUUGUGAACAUAUCUUGAAUGAAAAAUUGAUUUUCAUUUUCUCUGUUUUUUUUUUAUUUUCUUUCUUUUUAAUUCUUGCUUUACAUUUUCAUGGCGAUUCCAACAUGGGAAUCGCUACAAUUGGUAUCAGAGCUGACAAUCCUCGGCUGUUCAUUGGUGUUAAUGGUAGAGUCCGGUGGAGGUCCAAAUCAAUUGGAGCAACAGAUUCAAGCCUUUAUGGAAAGAUCGGAUAGAAAACUACAGCAUAUGGAAAAAUGGUAUCAAAAUCGUUUCCGGACCUUCGAUAGGUCAGAAAACCAGUAUAACCUUCAAUGGUCGGAGUGUGAGCAACGGGUUUCCUCUGACCCGUGUGCAUAUCAUCAAUAUCCUGGUGCAAAUCCAAGUUUUUAUCGAGAAUCCUGUGGUGAUUUCAUUGGUGGAUUCGCUAACCCAACAAAUGGAGGAUGGAAUUAUCUCGAUUCACCCACAAGUGCUUAAUCUUACCAAAUUCCAUGAGCUUAUCAGAUUGAUAAUACCAAUCCAGGUUUCUAUUUCGUUCAGUUCGGUGAUGGUUCGAUGGUGUCAAUGACUGGCACUGAGCUAGAGAACUUGCUUAACUCUAGCUAUGGGUAUUUUGAGAACAAAAUGUCGGAAGUAGAUUAUCCAUGUGUUGAGCCUCCGUUCGUUUUGACUAAAGCCGAAGCUGGAGAUAUUGAAGACGAAAGAGUCGCUCUUUCAAGGAUUGAAUUAGAUUCAAGUAUCAAAAAGAUGGAGAACUGGGUCAAAUAUGUACCCAUGGAAAUCAAAGGUGAAAAUGCAGACAAGGUGUUUGCUGAAAUUUUUAACGACCUUGAAUCAUUUUCCACUGUUUCCAAGAGCAUCCCAGACUCAAAUGUUUUGAAACCAAGUGACGGAGAUGAGGAUACACAAGCGAAAAUGUAGUCGAGUUGAAAGAUGAAAACAAAAUCUCGGAUAUUCCUUAUUCAGAUGCAUCUUUUGAGGUUGAAGAUGAGCUAACGGGAACCCAGAAAUUGAGGAGGACCGAGUGUUUGACAAAAGUCCUCUGAAGGAUGAUACAAAGUUAGAGCCAAAUGAGGAAAAAGUGUUUGACAAAAGUCCUCUAAAGGAGGAAGCGGGGGCUUAAGAUGACAAGCAAUCAUUAGUAGCUGGAACCUCACCCACACAUCCGAUCUUGUUCUCGCUGAAAAUGGUUCCCGAUUGUAUCGCAUUAAAUUUUGAAGGGGUUGCAUAUCCAGAUAUUGCUGUCAAAGUUGUUGCGGAUAAUUAUAUAACCUCUGGUAAUGUUGCCAAAAUCACUUAUCCUUUAUUUGGAGGAUGAUGCUGACAUUGACGGCACUAGUGAGUGGGAGAAGAUUCACCAGCUUUUCACAGCCUUUGUUACGAAAGGACUUAAUCUUUCUAUUCCACAACUCCAAGUCCCUUUUUUAGAUUUUGCCUCUGCGGGCAUUUGAGGGCUGCGGCCUCAUAGGAGAGUUGAUGAGCAAUUUGUUCGUGAAUGAUGAUGGGAAGUGUGACACUGAAGAUUGUUCCAGAUUCCUGGUAAUAUCACCCUUCUUGAACUACAGUUACAGUGAUGUCAAGUUGGAAGGGGUUAAUAAUUUGAAAUAGUUAGAUGUCAAGUUGAGUCCUAUGGAUGAGUUUAAGGCUGAUUUGAUACCUAACGAAUGUAAUACUUUUCACGGAUUGACCUGCUACAUGCAAAAAUUUACUAGAGUUGGAACUGCUGUUGGAGACACUCUCAGGUUUCAUAGUUACAAUGAUCCAUAUGAGGGAGCAUAUUUGACUGAUAAGAUGUGGCUCCAAGAUAAUUUCAGCACUCAUAUCUUUUGGUUUGAAACUCAGCAAAGUCUAAAAGUUAGUAAGUUUCCCCUAGUUUUGUUGGAGAUUAUUUUGACUGAUACACAUAUGUAUAUCAAAAUGAGCUGGCUAGACAAAGGGAGCAGGAUGUUCAACAAGAUGAUUGGUAGGAACCUUCUUACUGCGCUUGUGUCUCCUGUACCACUUGUUGCUUCGUAUAAUAGUCUUAUGAUGUGCAUGAGGGUUUUUGGAUCACUUGUACCUUGGACUGACAUAUAUGUGAAGCCACACGUAAUAGAGCAUGUUGAGGCUCUUUUACUUGUUUUUAGUUGUGCUGGUAUAACUGAUCCUUGGUGGAUGAUUCCAGGAUUAGUAAGUGGAGAUUAUAUGGUGAAAUAUCGAGCUAUGUACUUUAAAUAUUGCAGAAUUCCGGGUAUUCACGAAAUGACACGGUUGGCAUGUAUAGAGAAGGCCAAGGUUGCUGAUUUGAUUGCUUUUGUUGCGUCUACAAGUUCCAAUGAAGAAGGUUGUUAUAUUGAUGCGUCUGGAUCCCAUUGUGUUCAUGUCUUUAGAGCUCUUGGCCUUUCCAGCACUAUUGGAUUGAUUUGUGAUCUGCCUAGUGAGUUGCUAGCGUUGCUUCUAAAUUUACAGAAGAUUGCAAGUUUUAUCCAGCAUAUAGAAUGAUGAUGAUUUUACAUGGGCUGAAUAUGAGGUUUCACACUGUUAACAAAUCCCAACCUUGAGGACAAGGUUGCUAUAAGGGGAUGGAAUGUAACGAAAUGGUGGUACCUUGAGCUCCCAAAGUAGUACAUUGAUGUUGAAGUGUUAAAAGAAGUGCCAAGUUAGGAUGAAGUUUCAGUAUUUAUAGUUUAGUCCUACUUUUUGUGUUAUUUUUAUUAGUUACCUUACUAACUAGUUCACGCUUUUAUACUCUGUUAGGGCUCAUUGUGAACAUAUCUUGAAUGAAAAAUUGAUUAUCAUUUUCUCUGUUA